AUGCGUGAACGAUGGCAAAAGUUGUUGGUUCAAUUAUGGCUCAUGACGGCAUCCACUUUUAUUCGAGCAGGUCGUCUGGAUGAAGCGGGUAAGGCUGUUUCGGAAGCUGAGCAACUUGGAUUGGUCGAUUCGGAUGUAUGGCAACACAUUGGUCGUAUUGCCAGCCAACGUCAUACCACGGAUCCGGAAACCGCUUUGGAGGCCUAUCAUAAGGCAUUGACCUUGGAUCCAGAACAUUUGGGCACCCAUAUUGAUCUCGCCUCCUUGUACAUGGGAUUGGAUGAAUGGGAAGUGGCUCAAGGCUUAUUGGAAAGAGCUACCAAAGCACGUGGAUGGGAUUGUGCUGAAGCAUGGCUUUUGCUAGGUCAAGUCUACAAGCAUCAAGGAUCCUUCAAAGAAGCCAAAGAAAGCUUAUUGUACGCCAUUGAUAUUAGUGAUGCCACUCCCAACACGACCACCUCUUCUUUUACAUCCCUCUUUGAUCAACUCCCUCGUUUUGUUGCAUAA